AUGUACAUUCUCAUCAAGUACGGAGCCAACGAGGAGAAAAUGGUCAAUCCCAACUGCCUCAACCUCGUGAUGCUGAAUCAUAUCAAGCGGGUCUGCAAGCUCGAUAACUUUCCGGAUCCCAUCGACCUUGCCUCCGACUCGGGCGAGGUCCUCGACUUGAUCAGCAAACCCAAGGAGUAUGCAAAGAACUUUAUUACCCUGAGAAACACAUACAUUGCCGUCCGGGUGGUGCAAGUCGAAAAGGAUGACGACGCAGAUGAGACUCAGCCAGCAUACAUUUCGCUGCUUGAGGGAACCGAAAAGAUGAAGUUUACGGUCCUCAAUCCGACACAGCGGCGGACAAAGUACCGCGGUGGCGGCAGCAGCAGCAUGAUGUCGUCCAUGGGCAUUUCCACAACCGACUUCAGCGCCAGCAGCCUGGGCUCGCAGUUUGUUGGAAGCAGCGUCCUCGCCAGCGCCUCGAAUAUGGGUCUGCAGGGCAAGAAGCCCUCGCUCACACAUGCACCCAAUCUUGCGCCCGGAGCCGGCAAGCGUGGCGGAAACAACCUCCUCAUGACGGCGACUCUCAACGCUGCAGCAGCGGCUGGAGGACCAACGCCCCCAGGUGGGCCUGGUCACAAGGCUGGCGGCAAUCGGGCCCUGAGGCCACUCGACCUGAAGAAGGGCAGUCUGGGCUCCACAAACCUCAUGCCUGGCAAGAGGUAG